AUGGUCUAUCAAGAUCACCUCACGAAGUUCUGUAUUUUGCGCCCCUUGACAUCGAAACGUGCCGCUGAGGUUGCAUUUCAACUGCUAGACAUCUUUCUCCUACUUGGUGCUCCGUCUGUGCUGCAAAGUGACAGUGGUUCGGAAUUUAUAGCACAUGUAAUCACUGAACUGAAAGUAAUGUGGCCAGAGUUGGUGAUGGUCCAUGGGAUACCUAAGCAUCCACAGAGCCAAGGGUCCGUAGAAAGAGCAAACUGUGACAUUAAGGGCAUUCUUGUUUGUUGGUUAGGAGAUAAUAAUACAACUGUUGGACUCACAUUUGUUCAGUUUCAGAAGAACUCCAGUCUUUACAGUGGAAUUAAGUGUUCCCUAUUUGCGGCACUGUUGGGUUCUGGUGCUCGCACUGGCCUGUCAUCAUCUAGCCUCCCUCCUGAAGUUCUCCAUCGAUUGCAGUCAGAGGAUGAUCUACUUGCAGCCAUUGCAUUGCCAGUUCCUGAUGAAGAUGCUGAUCGUGUGACCACUGCAGCUGACUCCUCUAUACCUGACCCGGCAAGUCCUCCCAAAACUAUCCAACUACAUAAGAUGACGUUACUGUGA